GGCAGUAGUGACCUGAUGGAGUGUGCACUGGCUCACAGGAGACUGGUGGCCUACUUGGACACCCUUACCCCAUACCUCCAGAUCAGUUUGCAGGAGGAGUGUGGAGAGAGUGUGUGUGGGGUACAGUUGACAGACAUCAACAUGCAGAUCAGCAACACUCUCCCGCGACUAGUGGCUGCUUUCUCCACUGCUGACAACUACCUGUCACUCCUGGCUAGAGGUCCAGUGGAGGGUGUUUCAGUUGCCAGCCUUCCUGUGUGUCUACCGAGACUGAAGAUAAGUAUCAGAGAUCUGCACAGUGUGCUAGAAGCCCUGCACAACCUCUACUCCUCCAAGAUUACAUUUGAGUACCAGCUCCCCAGUUCAUCUCAGAAACUCAACACGACCAACGAAUGCAUUGUCUCAGUUCUUUCAGGACUCACCCUUAUUGCACUACAGAUCUGUGAGGUGUUGGAAGAGCAUAAUGAGGUUUUCAGUGCUGCUCUCUCUCAGAGCACACCCACCAGCUCUCAGGCCAAGUCUUCUGCAUCCUCAGUGGUACAGAGACUAAGACAGAGAGCCACAAGUUACAUCCGGACUCUCAACAAGGUAAAAAGCCUCAUGUCUUGGCUACACAGGAGUAGAGUGUCCAGAGUCAGUGCCCUAUACUCUGGCCCUGCACCAUGCCCGCUGUAUGUCCAGCUCUUCUGAGAAGAGAGAGACUCUCUCCAAACAGGUUGUAAGCAGUCAGGAGAUGAUUGUUCAGCUAGAACAGGAAAACGAGCGUAUCAAAUUGGACCUACAACUAUUGGAAGUGAAAUAUGAGAAAGGGCAAAAGAAAGCCAAGAGACUGGAGGAAGAAUCGUCUCACCAGUCUUCAGGUGGUGCCUCUGGUGUCCUCACUCCUGCUCAGUCCAGGAAUUCACUAGGUGUAAGCACUCAAGUACAGUCGUUGUCUGAUUCUGUUGGAAACCUUGCUCUUCUAGAAGAGGAGGUCAGUGAUGAAUGAGUUAGAGAAGAACUCAUUAGGAUACACUUUACCAAGAGGAUAUUACAAGUCAAAGCUGAGACACAAGAAAUUGAUAGUAAAGCAGCUCAUUACUAUGCUGAGAUUCGUGCCAUAAUGAAGCAACUCAACCACAAUGUUGCUCUCCGUGUCAAACUGACCCAGGACGUGGACACUGCCAGGGAGACCAUCCAACACCUCCAGGACCAGCUAGCCACCACUUCCAGCAGCUACGAGAAGCAGUUGAGUACCAUGUCGGACCACCUCUGUGAGCUCAACGACAAGAUGAUGAGACAGAGUGAGGAGCUGGAGGUGCUCAGGAGAAACAAG